GCAUGCGCGUUCACUCGGCACGCAGUUUUGGAUGCGUGAAUCUGUGAGGCCUUUUGCUCAUCGUGGAAUGUAAAGUUUAAAAUAGCAUAGUAAGUUAAUAUGUAGUUUUUCUGAAGCUGAUUGACGAAAUGGGUAAAGUUUGCGGUAAAUGCUGAAUCGGGUCGGCGCUGCAUCGCUGUUAGUUCUCGCUUUGACCAUGGCCUGGAGGUCCCACGGAAAAAACAACCUCGAGUUAGUGUCAAACUUGAAAAAAAAUGGAAUUAUCCGAACUCAGAGGGUUGAGCAAGUCAUGUCUUCGGUUGAUCGAGGACACUACACGAAGUACAACCCAUAUCAGGAUUCACCGCAGGGCAUUGGCUAUGCGGUUACAAUCAGUGCACCUCAUAUGCAUGCUCAAGCGCUGGAGUGUCUGAAAGAUAAUCUCUAUGAGGGUGCAAGAGCUCUGGAUGUUGGGUCUGGAAGCGGAUACCUAACUGUGUGCAUGGCACUUAUGGUGGGCAAGACAGGACUUGCUGUUGGCAUCGACCAUAUUCCAGAAUUGAUCAAUCAGUCAAUCGAGAACAUCAAACUGGAUCAGCCAGGCCUCUAUGAGUCUAAGCGGAUAAAGCUGGUUGUUGGAGAUGGAAGGCAAGGACAUAAAGAGGAAGGGCCUUAUGAUGCAAUACAUGUUGGUGCAGCAGCACCAGAGUUGCCAACACAGCUCAUUGAGCAGCUGAAACCUGGAGGCCGCAUGAUCUGCCCUGUGGGUCGUGCAGGCCACAGCCAGACACUGGACCAGAUCGACAAGCUGGAGGAUGGGACUGUCCAUCGGACCUCCCUCAUGGGCGUGGUGUAUGUGCCCCUGACAGACAAGGAUGCCCAGUGGCCCGGCAGGUGGCUUUCUUGUACCGCUAAGUUUCUAGCGCGCAAGGGGAAAUCCUCCUAACCGGCUUGGCACCGAGGAGCUUUAGCAGGAAUUUGGGGAGACGCUAGCGGCCUGUCGUCUGCUCUCCGGAGCUGUGCGUUUGUUACAUGACAGAAAUUACGUGUGAAGCAGGAUUGUUAAACUUUAUUUAUUGCACUGCGAUUUAUUUAACGGAAUUUUCUGCUGCGUGGAUUCUUGUGCGAAUGUGGGAUGGAAAGAAUGGUGAAUAAUCUGAAUGAGAGUUGGCUGUGAGAUGAAAUGCUGAAUGCUGGUCUUCAAUGUUGACCCGGCUUGCCUUGGUUUGAUGUCCUAGUCAGCUGUUACACACUUUUUUGUGUGUGUUAGGUUGUAGCUGUAAUCAUUCAGUUCGUAACUGCCCUAGAAAAGUGUAAACUGCCGUAGAAUUGCUUUAGUGGAGUACAAAGUGCAAGCUGGGUUUUAUCUUUCUCUUAUAUAUGCCAGGUGGGCUGCACAAAAUUGGUUUGUGUAUGAAUUAUUAUUCUCCUGGUAUGUGCGUGUAAAUCAUGUAAAUCUUUUAUGUGGCCUGGUAAACAAGCUAGGGCACGAGAGAAACGAUGUAAGAAGUGUAUAAUAAACGUUGCUCGUGGC